AUGAAGGACUUCCUUAAAAUUGAGCUUUUGAUAUUUACUAUUGUAUUAUUUUGCAAUUCACUGGUUGUUGGAUUUGGUCAAAAUAUCUUUAACGUAAUUCAUUAUGGUGCCAAAGGAGAUGGCACUUCGGAUGAUACACAAGCCUUUUUGGAUGCAUUUAAAGCUUUAUGUGGAGCAAAUGAAGAUACUCCGACGCUUAUCGUGCCAGCAGAACAUUCAUUUUUUGUGCGUCAAAUUACUUUCAGGGGUCCUUGCAAAUAUCAAAAUCUUCGUAUUAAGAUUGAUGGUCACAUACUAGCACCUCAUAGGAAUGAAUGGGGUACAUGUUCAAAAAGGUGGCUUUAUUUUCUUAACGUACAUGGGAUGACAAUUGAUGGAUCAGGAGUGAUCGAUGGUCAGGGUGAAGCUUGGUGGGGCAAUCUUAAUGGAACCAAAGGAUGUACUGGGACACCUCCUCCUACGGCAUUACUAUUUGAAAGGUGUGAUGGGCUUCAAUUAAGUGGGCUCACUCAUAUAAAUGGGCCAGGAAUGCAUAUCUAUGUAGUCCAUAGUCAAGAUGUAACAAUCUCACAUGUCAAUGUAACUUCACCACCGAAAAGUCGCAACACAGAUGGGAUUGAUCUCUCAAACUCGGUUCGGGUUAAUGUUCAUGACUCUAUAAUACAAAGUGGUGAUGAUUGCAUUGCUAUUAAAGGUGGAUCACAAUUCAUCAAUAUCACUCAAGUUACAUGUGGACCUAAAACCCAUGGUAUUAGUGUGGGGAGUCUAGGGGGUGGUGGAGCUGAGGAAUUUGCUGAAAAUAUAACUGUCAAGAAUUGCACAUUCAAUAGAGCUGAUAGUGCAGCAAGAAUCAAGACAUAUCCAGGAGGAAAAGGAUAUGCCAGAUCAAUCAUUUUUGAUCAUAUCAUAGUCAAUCAAAUAAAAAACCCUAUUUAUAUUCAACAACAUUACAUGAAAGUUCCAGAAAAGGGUGAUGCAGUAAAAAUUAGUAAUGUAACAUUUAGUAAUAUCUAUGGAACAUGCAGUGGUGAUAAUGCUAUUUUUCUAGAUUGUGCCAAGAUAGGGUGUGACAAUAUUACCUUGCAAGAUAUCAACAUUACCUCAGUUGAUCCAAAGAAGCCAAGUUCUUCAAUAUGCAAUAAUGUUCAUGGAACAGCAAAGAAUAUUACUUCACCUCCCUUCCACUGUCUAGACCAGUAA